UGUCAUAUGACUUCUGCGAAUCCCAGAAUGGGAAGGGACCAUGUGAUCGCACUGCCGCAACCAUCAAAUCUUCUAUUAGAAGAUAUGUAAACCAGGGUCAUGAUGUACUUACAGCACAAUCAAUGAAAAAGGCAAUAGACAAGUCAGCCAAAAAUGUAAAGUACAUAGUUCGUGUUAUAGAAGGAACUGAGUGUAGGAAAACCAAGUACACUCCUAUACCAGCAAUAUCAUCUUACAGUAACUUCACAUUUAGCGCACAUGGCAUUACUGCAUGGAAGGCAUACCAAGUUGGCACAGGAAAGCUAAUACCUUCAUCUAAUAUUCCAACCGUUGAAAAGUGUAUUCUCAAUACUUCAUGUUCAGAGAUAGAGGGUGAAAUUGAUGUGGUUUUUCACCAACUGCCACUUAAAGCUGAAGAGGAAGAAAACACCAUAACAUGUGCAAAUGAGGGAUGCACACUGUCUUUUUCUUCUUUUCAUGAGCUGUCAAGCCACUUAAUGUUCGGCAAGUGUGAGUUUGAAUUUAGGUGCCAGUUUAGUAAUGGAUGUGACAUUACUAAGAAGACUUACAUUACAAAGAUGUCUAAGUCUUUUUCAACCAACUUUCAAGUUUCAUCAGCAGGACUGACAGUUGGAAUUGAUGACAACUCAGAUUUAGAACUUGGCUGGGCAUUGAAAGAAGAAAGGAAGAACAAACGAUUCAAUGUAAACCAAAAAGAAUAUCUUACUGAAAAGUUUAAUAAAGGUCUAAAAACUGGAAGAAAAGAAGAUCCUUUUUUGGUAUCAGAGGAAAUGCUGACUGAGAGAAAAGAAGAUGGAAAUAGAAGAUUUUCAUAUGAUGAAAUCCUUUCUGUACAGCAAAUCACAAGUUUCUUUUCUAGAAUGAGCAGGAAGAACAAAUCAUUUGAUGAUUCCGUUGAUGCAUCAAGGGAAGAAACUAUAACUAUCAGGAGAGAACUAACUGCAGAUGAACUUAAUUAA